AUGGUUUUGGAAACUGGCAACGGGGACUGGACCUACCAGGUGCUGGGGAUGCUGGAAAUCCCCCCCCGGUGCCGGGUGGAGCACGUCAGCCUGGAGCACCCCCUCAGCCAGGACUGGGGGGUGUUCCAGAGGAUGUUCAAGGCUGAGUGUCACUUCAUCAACGGCACCGAGCGGGUGAGGUACAUGGAGAGGCACAUCUACAACCGGGAACAGCAACUGCAAUUCGACAGCGAUUUGGGGGUCUAUGUGGGGGACACCCCAUUUGGGGAGAUCCAGACCAGGUACUUGAACAGUCUCCCAGGAAGCCUGGAGUACGCACGGUCUGCUGUGGACACGUACUGCCGGCCCUACUACGAACUUGAUACCCCGUUCAGCAUGGAG